AUGGCCUUAUUCGAUUUUGAAACCUCCGGGUCAUUACCUCAACCAUUACAACAAAUCUCCAAUAUUGUCCUCUUAGUGGAUAAAAUAACCAAUACCAAUCUUGAUACUUACUUACUUCCUGACAUCCCGGUUCAAGGUAAAAUACUUCAUCAUAAUGAUCCUUCCGUUCCUUACGAAAAAUCACUGAAGUUGUUCUUUGAUAAUAUUGCCAAGUUUUAUAAAACAAAUUAUACCAUCACUUUACAAUUCAAGUUUGGUAUCGAUGAAGACGGUUCUUCUAUGACUGAUUUGAUUAAUUUGGCUAAUAAUAUCGCUCCAAUUGGUUGUUUCAAUUUCAAAAUUUAUAUCUUUAAAAUAGUAGGAGAUAAACCUAAUGAGUUCAAAUUACCUGCUAAUGAAUUACUUAAACCAUUGAAUUGCAUAGGAUUCAGAUUUGAUACGAACUACUUAAGGGUGGAUAAAGAUUUCUUUAAUCUUGUGAAGAAGAAGUUAGGUCCUGAAGAAAGCUACGACCCUCUAUUCAUGAAGAGGAUAUAUGAUGAUUAUAACAACAAGAUUAAAUAUCAUAUCCCAAUUUGUCCUGAUUGGUUAUCAAAUGACCUUGAGGAAUUACACUUGGGUCAACAGGUGUUCAUAAGUGGUUGGUUCUUUUAUAAUAAGCAUAAUAAUAGUUUUCCAAAUUUAAAAACUGUUAGUAUUGAAUGUUAUGAAACUUAUACAAAAUCAAGAUUUGAAGAGUUUAUACAAAACCAUUGUUUACUGAUUAAGAUGUUAACUUUAAGAGAUUUUCCAUUAGGUUCUCUUUAUGGAUUCAAGAAAUUAGAAAAACUAGUUAUGAUUGGUCGUACUUCUGUAUUGGUUGAUACUCCAACGUAUGAUCAUAUCAAAGAAAUUCAUUUCUACGGUAAGAGGACAAGACAAUUUAAAAUCAAUUUGAAAUUGAAACCGAAGUUUGGACAAAUUAGAGGAUUUGAAGUUCCUUGGAAAGAACAUUAUGCACCUGAUAUGGGAGCUUUGCCUGAUGCAUUACAACAGAUCUCCGAUAUUGUGCUCUUGGUGAACAAACUAGGCAAUACCAAUCUUGAUGAUUAUUUAAUUCCUGACAUCCCAUUGUUCUUUGAUAAUGUUGAUAAGUUUGAUAAGACAGAAUCCAUCACUAUCACAUUACAAUUCAAGUUUGGUAUUGACGAAGAUGGUUCUUCAAUGAACGAUUUAUUAAAAUUAGCCAAUACUAUCACUCCCUUGGGAUGUUUAAAAUUCAAAAUUUAUAUCUUUAAAAUAGUUGGAGAUAAACCUAAUGAAUUCAAAUUACCUGAUGAUAAAUUAUUCAAACCUUUAAAUUGUAUUGGAUUCAGAUUUGAUACUAAUUAUUUACUGUUUAAAUCAGGAAUAUUCCCAGAAGAUCAAAUAUCAUAUUCUGAUAUGAGUUCAGAGGAAGCGAUGCAAUUGAGAAAUAAGAUUAAAACCAGAUCUAAAAUCAAUCAUAUUAAAGAGUAUGAAGUUCCUUGGAAAAUUCAUUAUUCACAAAGUAUACACAGUUAUUUAUUAGAAUACUGA